GGAUCACGGUGCAGCCUGGCAAAAACAAGGACGGACACGUAUGCUUGUUUAACAUAUUUGUGCUUGUGUAGGAACAGGAUUGGUCUACAUCAGUCUCAAGCAGCUACCGAUUUUGAUGGUGUCUAAAGGUGUCAAGCGCUAUGAACUUCACGGCCUUACUCACAGAUUUUCUGAUCACAAGUCUCUUUCUUUUAGGGAAUGGCAGCCAAACCUCUGAUAAAAUAACGCAAUUGGCGUCAAAAUAUCGAGCCAGACUGCGACCGUUCUACAUCAUCGGCCACAUGGCCAACACGGUGGGAGACGUCGAUUCGUUCCUUGAGGACGGUGCCAAUGCCGUUGAAGUUGACAUUGAGUUCGCGGUGAACGGCACUGUGGUGGGGACACACCACGACACCUUUCCUUGCGAAUGUUUUCGGGUGUGUGGCAAGCGAACCGAGAUCAAAAACUUCCUAAAGCACAUCCGCAACAUUACCGGCAAACCAAGCUCUCGCUACGCCGCCAACAUGACACUCCUUUUUCUUGACUUGAAAACUUCCGAAAUUGCCAAUGGGUCCAAGCUCACUGCCGGCUAUACACUUGCUCAGAAUCUUGUUGAGCAUCUUUGGAAUGGUGUGCAAGAAAAGUACCUGAUGAACGUCAUGCUUUCCAUUGGUUACGUUGACGACAAGGACGUCCUGAAAGGAGCCAUUUGCUAUUUAAAGAAGAAUAAAUAUUAUCACCUUCUUCGCUACGUCGGUUACGACGUCGGUAUGAACGGCAAUCUAAGCAAAAUCAAGCACAUGUACGAGGACUUGGGCAUCACGCGUCACCGGUGGCAAGGCGAUGGUCUUAUGAACUGCUUUAGAUUUUUGAUACCAGACAGUAGGCUGCUAGAAGCAAUCAGCAUACGCGAUAGCCCGAUCGGUUAUAUUGAGAAAGUAUACUACUGGACCGUUGAUCCACCUGUGUAUAUAGAGAAUGCCAUAAGAACUACCAUUGACGGCAUCAUUACCAACGAGCCCGCAAACGCACUUUUCGUUGUGAAAACGACGUUUGCAAAUGAAGUGAGGGUCGCCGAUCGUAGUGACAGCCCAUGGAAAAAAUUUACGAAGCCCCGCAAGUUGACGACUAAAGCGUUGGACGAUGACGACGCACUUGACGAGAAAUUUAUCAAAGGGUUAUUACCAAAAUGCUCCGACUUGCGGCUUUAGUGACGACAAGCUAAACCGUUUGGUACCAUCUGAGCUAAAAAGUGAGUAUAGUGGAGAACGCACAACAUAGAGGUACACGCAGGUGGGCCAAUCUAAGCAAUGUUUACUUGAAAGGCUCAAACAAUAUCGCAACUAUAUUAGAAACUUCCGAGAAGAUCACUAGAUACAUUGUCGAGAUGCAAUGCAAAUUUUAGCGCAUGUUCUGUGGUUGCCAGAAUCCACGACAAAUGGGUAAUAUUACCAGUCGACGCAAAAAGAAUCAUUGAAGCAGACGAGUGUUGCACAAGCGAGUCAUCGGCGCCAUCAGCAGCAAAUUAGUUGCUUCACUUGAAAGCCACUGCGACCUGAUUUGUGAUAGUGUUCUGUCUGCAAGUAUUAUCGUUUUUUUAAUA